UAAGCAUAAAUCAUUCGUCGCUCAAACAAUUCCCUCUCCUUUCUCUCUCUUGUUUUUCUCAAUUCUCAACCAACUUUUUUGCACUGAAAAUGGUGUUGGUGUCCAGCAAUGCAAACAACUUACUCUCAAAACUUGCCAAAGGCAACGGCCACGGCGAGGAUUCUCCUUAUUUCGACGGCUGGAAAGCCUACGACACUGAUCCAUUUCACCCCAUAAUGAACCCUCGUGGAGUUAUUCAAAUGGGUUUGGCUGAAAAUCAGCUUUCUUUUGAAUUCGUGGAGGAUUGGAUUAAGAACAACCCACAAGCUUCCAUUUGUUCUGUGGAAGGACUGGAUGAGUUUAAGGACAUAGCUAUCUUCCAGGACUACCAUGGAUUGCCUGAGUUUAGAAACGCUGUGGCGAAUUUUAUGGGAAAAGUGAGAGGCGACCGAGUCAAAUUCGAUCCUGACCGAGUUGUCAUGAGUGGUGGAGCAACUGGAGCUCAUGAAACGGUGGCGUUUUGUUUGGCUGAUCCUGGUGAAGCGUUUCUAGUGCCAGUUCCUUACUAUCCAGGAUUCGAUAGAGAUUUAAGGUGGCGAACCGGAGUGAAAAUAGUUCCAGUCGUAUGCAAUAGCUCAAACAACUUCAAAUUAACAAGAGAAGCCUUAGAAACAGCCUACGAGAAAGCUCAAGAAUCCAACAUCAAAAUCAAAGGCUUACUCAUUACAAACCCUUCAAAUCCACUUGGCAUAGUGUACGAUAGACAAACUCUUGAAACUGCUGUAGCAUUCAUCAACCAAAAGAAGAUCCACUUGGUUUGCGACGAAAUCUAUGCUGCUACUGUCUUCACUGAGCCUGGCUUCAUUAGUAUCUCCGAAGUAAUUGAAAAUGACACCAAAUGUGACAAGAAUUUGAUCCAUGUGGUUUAUAGCCUCUCCAAAGAUAUGGGAUUCCCUGGAUUUCGCGUUGGUAUUAUCUACUCUUAUAAUGAUGCGGUCGUCAACUGUGCUCGAAAGAUGUCGAGCUUUGGCCUCGUGUCGUCGCAAACACAACAUUUGAUUGCGUCGAUGUUGUCCGAUGAUGAGUUUGUCGAGAGCUUCCUUGUUGGGAGUGCUAAGAAACUUGCUGCACGUCAUCGAAAUUUUACUAGAGGACUCGCUCAGGUCGGAAUUGGAUAUUUGAGAGGAAGUGGGGGAUUGUUCUUAUGGAUGGAUUUGCGUCAUCUAUUGACAGAGAAGACAUUGGAAGCGGAAAUGGCGCUAUGGAGAGUGAUAAUCAACGACGUGAAGCUGAAUGUGUCGCCGGGGUCGUCUUUCCAUUGCUCGGAGCCGGGAUGGUUUAGAGUUUGCUUCGCGAACAUGGACGACAACACGAUGGAGAUAUCCAUAACGAGAAUUAGAAACUUUGUGCUACAAAACAAGGAGGUAACAACGAAGAUUAAGAAACAGAAGUUCUGCUGGCGCCAAAGCAGCCUUGAACUUAGGCUGUCGUCUCGAAGGCUUGAGGACAUAAUGUCGCCGCACUCGCCAUUGCCUCAGUCGCCAAUGCUGCGUGCUACAACUUGAAGCGGACGAUAUGGAUGUUUUGACAAGCUUAACAAAAUUUACUUGUUUAACUGUUAGGGGUGGUUCAUUUGAUUGAUUGAUUCAUCCAUUUUUUGUUUGUAAUAAUUUGUGAGUUGUGCGCUUU